AUGCAAACAAACCCUGAUGUUUAUUACAACAUCGAAAUGAUUGACAUGAUGAAUUGUCAAUAUCUGUCAACUAUCAAUGAAGAAAAACCAAUCAAACAAGAUAAGAGUGAAAAAGAAAUGAUGAAAAGAGAAAUAAAGAAAAGAAAUUAUCAUCAGAUUAAAACAAGAAAGACAGACAACCACAAAAUAGGAAAGAAGAGUUAUGAACACAUCAAAGAAGAUAAAAGAACCAAUCAAAGAAGUGAUGAUGAUACAAUUGAAGAAGAUGAGUACGAAAGAAAUGAGAAAAAAAGAAUAAAGAGAAGAAUGAAUGAAAUGAUGAAAGAAGUUGAAGAGAAAGAAAUGAACAAAAGAAAAAUUAAAGAAAAUAUGAAGAAAGAAUGGAAUGAAAGAAAAGAAAGUGGAGAUAUUUG